AUGAAUUACCUUAUAAUAGUCACUCUUAUACUAUACACUGCAGCUGAUAAAAUCACAUGCCCACUUGAUAUUGACAAAUCAGUAAUAUGUCCAAAUGAUAAUCAACCUGUCUGUGCAUUUUCAUCAGAUGGAUCUUAAUUGGGUUCAUUUGAGAAUCCUUGUCUUGCUUGCCGAGCUAAUAACGCUAGUUAUUAUGAAACUGAGAAAUGCAUCGUGACUUCAGCAUCUUUAGAGUCAAUCAAUCCAGGCUCAGGAAAUAUUUCAACAACAACAAACAAAUAUCAAAUCUUCAAAUGUGACAUUCUAAAAUCAGAUAAUAUCGGAUGUCCUGCUGUUUAUAAACCUACUUGUGGAUUGUUCGAUUCUACCAUUCAAUGCGUUAAAGCUCCAUGUGGUUAAACUUUUGGAAAUGAAUGUGAAGCAUGUUCUGCCAAGAACAUAGAUUCCUAUUUUUAUGGGAAAUGCGAUGAAUUUCCUACUGAAAAUCCAAAAAAUCCUCUUGAAAGUAUCAUAAACUAUUGUACUGAACCCAGACCUGACAUUUGUACUCUAGAGUAUACAGAUACAUGUGCUUUCAUUUCGACACCUUGUCUAUCUGAAUCUUGCAUGAUAUCUGCUGGAAACUAUUGCGAGGCUUGUUCUAGAAAAAAUGUAGUAGGAUAUGUGAAACAAUCUUGUUCUAAUUACCUAAAAAUGUUUAUAGAGGAUUACGACUAUCCUGAGUACAAGGAUAACAACACAAAUUAAGAUUCAGAAGAAAAGCUGUUUUGCAGUACAUAGAAACCAAGUUCUUGUGAUGAUAAUAUUGUGAAAGAAGUGUGUGCAACAUAUAAAUGCAAUGAUACUACUUGUCUUAAAGAAUACUAGAAUGAGUGCUAGGCUUGUUUGGAUUCAACAACUGUCUCGUACGUUUCAGGCAAGUGUUAGAGUUAGACUCUAUCUGGAGUAAUCCUGGGUUUGGCCUUAUUUGUUCAGUUAUUCAUGUGAAAUAAUUAGAUAUUAUAUAUAAAUUGUUUACUAUAGAUGUAUUGG